AUGGUCGAGAAUACGGGGUAAGGUGGCUGAAAUUAAAUCCUGAAAAAAUUGUUUUGCUGUAUAAGGUCGAUCUUGUAGGUUUUUCAAAAACAAAACAGUAUUUAUCUCCGGCGGAUCCCGAGGAAUUGGGUUGGCAAUUGCCAAGAAACUGGCCAAGGAUGGAGCGAAUAUUGUAAUUGCUGCCAAAACCGCCGAUCCUCAUCCAAUUUUGCCAGGUAAUUUCAGCUACAAAUACGACUAUUAUUCCCCAAUUUAGGUACAAUUUACACUGCGGCAAAGGAGAUCGAAGAUGCCGGAGGGCAAUGUCUUCCAGUUGUGAUGGACGUCCGGAAAGAGAAAGACGUUCAACGGGCUGUGAAAGCGGCGGUAGAGCGUUUCGGCGGGAUUGAUGUGCUGAUCAACAAUGCCUCGGCGAUAUCGCUGACUUUGACUUUGGAGACAGAUAUGAAACGAUACGAUCUGAUGCAUCAGGUCAAUGCGAGAGGAACGUUUUUACUGUAGGUUGGAAAAGUUGAUAACCUUUGAAAAUAGAAAAUGCGGCUCAAUUUCUUCCGGCGGCUUAACUUGAAUUUUGUAAUUCUCGAUGAAAAAACUUGGUCUUUUACUGUGUAAUUUUUCUUUGUUUGCCAAAAGCCUAUUGCCUAAAUAGUAACGUUGGCAGUGCCUUCAAAAGGCUAGCUGGAUUAUGAGGUUGAAUCUAGGCUAGGUGAGAGAAUUCGCAAGGACGCAAAGAGUGUCGCACACCUCUCAUUUUAGGUAUCAGUGGAUAGACCUGGCUUAAAAAGGCCAGCAGACUCUUCACAUAACACCCCGACGUUCUUCUCGUGUGCUGCUAGUCAAAUUUUUAAUUUUCAGCUCCAAGACUUGCAUCCCCUACCUCAAAAAGUCCCCCAAUCCCCACAUCCUCUGCCUUUGUCCGCCACUUUUGAUGGAGCCAAAAUGGUAUCAAUAUCAUGUCGCCUACACGAUUGCUAAAUACGGAAUGAGUAUGUGUGUUGUGGGGAUGGCCGCAGAGUUCAAGGAGGACGGAAUCGCCGUCAACUCGUUAUGGCCAAGGACUUCGAUUUGGACAGCAGCCGUAAAAAUAACUAAUGUCGAGGAGAAUGCGCAGAAUUACUGCCGAAAAGAUACGAUUGUAGCUGACGCGGCGUAUGUAGUUUUAAGUAAGAAAAGUCGGGAAUUUACCGGGCAAUUCGUUUAUGAUGAUGACAUUCUGAAGGAUUAUGGAAUCAGCGACUUUAACCAGUACAGUUUUGUGAAAGGUGAGUGGGGUUAUAAAGAGAUAUUGUCUUCGUAAUAUUUCAUAAGAAUCAUACUGAGCACGAAAAAAUGUAUGACAAUUUCAGAUGGGAAACACCGAAGCGACUUCUUCGUGCGAGGCGUCGAUUAUAAAGGUCCUUUUAACCGACCAAAACUUUGA